CCAAAAUCCCCUUCGAAAAUUCAACUCCGCCCCUCAGGCAACAGCAACACCCCCCUGGGCCACCAUCACACCAUCAGCAGGUCAAGAUAAGAGUACCACAGUGGCUGCAAAGGAUAACAGUUGAUGUUGGAUGCAUUUGACUCCUUAUUCUUCCAUGACCGCUAACAGUUGACGCUUCUAUUCCCCUCGCCCAUAACACACCCUCAUAGCCGCGAUGCGCGGAGUCCAAAUUUUCUCAGGCAGCUCGCACCCGGCCCUGACAGAGGCUAUCUGUGAACGUCUGGGCACUCUCCCAGCCAAGUGCGAGCUCCGCAAAUUCAGCAAUGGAGAAACAAGCGUUAAUAUUGGCGUCUCUGUGCGGAACCAGGAUGUUUUCAUUGUUCAAAGCGGCAGCUCCAAGAUCAACGACAGCGUUAUGGAGCUGCUUAUCAUGAUCUCCGCUUGUAAAGGUGGCUCUGCUAAAUCUAUUACUGCGGUGAUGCCUUAUUUCCCCUACUCCCGCCAAUCAAAAAAGAAGAGCCAUCGUGGCGCGAUAACCGCUCGGAUGCUUGCCAAUUUGCUCACUGUCGCUGGUGUAGAUCAUAUAAUCACGGUAGAUUUACAUGCCUCUCAAAUGCAAGGUUUCUUCGGAAACCCUGUCGAUAACCUAUUCGCUGAGCCCCUAAUUGCGCGCUGGAUCCGAUUGAACGUGCCUCGCUGGAAUGAAGCGGUUGUAGUUACCAAAAAUGCGGGAGGAAGUAAAAGGGUAACGUCUUUGGCAGAUGCGCUGAAGCUGAACUUUGGCAUUGUAAACACGGACCGGAGACGGGGGAACAUUACUGCAGGAUUGUCAGGAAGCGCUAUAUUUUUCGCUUCUGUCGAACCCGGUCUUCCCACUUCGAAACAUGAACAGGCCCCUGUUGAGUUGGCUGAUAAGUCUGAACCGUCCGAUCCCCUCCCCUCUUCAACCAGCGUUCCCAUCCGACCUCCUCAACGUACUAUAUCUCCCAGCCCUUUAGCACAAACAACUUCGGCCGUCGAGUCUGCAUCACCAUCACCACCAUCACCAUCACCAUCACACGCAUCGCUCAAUGUCCCUCAACAAAUGGAAUCAUCAUUUGCUGCCCGGCGUCCCUCCGAGCAAGAAGCCGCGUUUGAGUACACCGAUGAGCGCGCGAGAGAGGUGAUCACAGGCAGAUUGGUGCAGGGCCAUAUUGUCGACGAUGACUACUCUUCGCCAAUCCUCUCGUCAACUUCUGUUAACACGCUCUCUGGGGAUCGUACCGAAUAUGAACCACCUUCCCGUGAUCCCAUGACUUUGUCCUAUAUCUCCAACGCGUCGUCUUUCCAACCAGACCAUGCUCUAGGAGGAUCAUUUGAUGCUACUGUUUCCUCCGAUGAGGAAGAUAAUAAACAAGAAAUGUUCACCCGGGAGAGGACAGUCACCCUCGUUGGGGAUGUCAGGGGCAAAACAGUCUUUAUUGUAGAUGACAUGAUUGAUAAACCCGGUUCGUGGAUCGCAGCUGCGGAGACGGUGGUGAAGAGAGGCGGAGCGAAAAAGGUCUACUGCAUUGCAACACAUGGAUUGUUCAGUUAUGAUUCGUUGCAGGAGAUGGAAUCCUGCGACUGCAUCGAUUAUAUUGUGAUCACCAACUCGUUCCCGAUUCCCCCGAAAGCGAAGGAGUCGAGAAAGAUGAUCGUCCUUGAUUUAUCGGCACUCCUUGCAGAAAGCAUAAGGCGUCACCACUACGGAGAGAGUAUCUCCGCCUUGUUCCUAACUAAUGACUAGCCAUCGCGAUUUUUCCGUAUAAUGUAUGCAUUCUUUAUUCUACCUACCUUGCCCUAGUAGGUGUAGUAUGUCGCUCUGGCGGCUUAAGCGAAAAAGGUCUCCGGGGCGUCAGCGUCAGAAUUGCCCACAGAGUAUAGACCUCCCUUGUCUUUCCUUUGAACUUCUAGCACUUCCAAAAACGCACCACCUUUUUUUUUCUUGGCGACAUGAUAUGUGUCCGGAAGACGACUUUUCUCUGUUUUAAGCUACGGUAGAACCACACCUAAAUGAAGUUAUGUAUGACUACUACUUACCUCCUCCAAGUUCACCUUGUUUUCACCGUCACGCCCGGCAUGAACUCUACCAUAUGCUAUUAUCAGGGAAACCAUCCUGCUUUGAUACGCUACACCGUGUCCUGGUGAUCUGAUCAACGUUGCACUCGCGCUCUAUCCCUUUCUCAUCCAAGCGUUCUUGUUGCAUUUGAUUGGCCAUCUCAACUGCUACGCCAUUAUACCAACUUCAGUUCCCAUCGCACACACUUCCACUCCUAUCCCGCUCCUGUUGCCGUCCUCUCUCGAUCCUACAUGCAUACUGAUUAUUCUCUUUCCUGCGUAACAUACCCUGGGCCCUAUGCACAGCCACCUUGCUUAUGUUUUCGAAGCAGAAGCUUAAAAUGGAACCUUUUUCCCCCCCUUCAAGAGAACAACCAUUUAACCAACGAUGCAGAACCGUACUAGGGUACUGCAGGGACAUCUGGAAAGAGGAUUAACAGAGGGGAGGUUAUUUAUUUUUAAAUAACCUUUGCUUUUUCCUUCUUUACCUUCACCACUAGGAUUGUCCUUAACGGAGCGUUGGCAGAUCAAAAAUUCAAAUCCUGAACCCAUAGAAAUAUGGAUUAUGGGAAACGGGAGUUUACAGACACGGUCUCGGGCUUUUUCAGUUAGAUUUGGUUUUUGUUUCUAGCUCCUGUUUUCUUUUUCCUUUUCUUUCCGUUUACUCUCUUCCGCUUCCCUACUCUAUUCCAUGUCUUUCGCGUUUCUUCCCCUUCCCUAUCUCUUGGAAUGUUUUAUUUCCGUUCGUUUCUCUUCUUGGAUUAACCCUGCUCAUGUUCUGUGGGCCGGGGGUUGUUCUUGAGAGUGAGCUGUGAUUGAAUAUGAAAGGAGAGGGGAAAUAACAAAGGGGCGGGGGCGUGGUUGGUUUGGGGAUGAGAGGCGAGCUGGGGAGGAGAUGGAAGGAGAGAAAGAAGAGGAGUGGGAAUGAAUCCAUAUUCGUCUUUCUCCAGAUGAGGAGGUCUGAAUCGUGUCCUCCAGGCCUCUUGAUGUCUUGUUUUUAGCUCCGACAUUUGUCAGUAGUACUACUAGGUCUUUUUUUAUUUUUACUAAUUGAUCGUAUGUUUAACUGCCCCUGGUGUUAAGUUUUUCCGAGUGCACAUAAUGGGGAAAUAGUUGAUAGAAACAUAUCAUUACCUCCUCGAACCAUUGCGAAAUCGGUGUUCCCACCAUCCUGUUUAAUGCUAUCCAUUAGUUUCUAGUCUACAUUGUAGGGUUCUAUAAACCAAGCAUGACAUCGAAGUUUUUGGAUUAGGGAUAUCCCGUCACGAGGAAUCAGCCUCAAGUGUCCGUACAAUCGUCAAUGGAACUAUGUAAUGUAGUUAGCUUCCAAUCGAUCGCACCUGUAGUAGCUAUCACUUUCUGAAUAUGACUAUUU